CGAAAACAAGACAACAAAAAGACUAAAAAAAAAAAAAAAAAAAGUUGAGGCUGAUCUCGAACUGCCUGACUGGAAACUUCCCUUCCUUUUCCAUCUUCCCUUCAUCACUCGUUUCUCUUCUCCCCUUGAAUCUUUCCCUCCCCUUUCCCUCUCCUUCACCCCUUCAGUUGUCGAUAUCGUGCCCUCGCUCCCCUUCCUAAACCCCACCCUGGCUUGUCGGUGGUAAAUCUGCUCGGCCUCGCGCCGGACCAUUCAACUUAGGUCCUUCCCGCCCAUCACUUCCUGCCACAUUCAGACCAUGGCUCCCCCUCCACGAUUGCGCAUUCUGUCUGUUGGCGGCAAUGCGAUUUCAGCGUUCCUGUCUUGGCGACUCCAGGCCACAACCUCUUGCGAUGUGACACUGGUGUGGAAACAAGGCUUCGAAGCCGUCUCACAAUAUGGUGUCUCUUUCAAAUCAAAAGCAUUCGGCAACGAGCGAUUUAAGCCCCGGCAUGUGGUCCGGACCCCCGAAGAAGCCUCUUCUCGUGAAAAUGUAUACGACUAUGUCAUCCUCUGCGUGAAGGCGCUCCCGGAUGUCUACGAUCUGGCCUCGGUCAUCGAAUCCGUCGUCACCCCUCAGCACACCUGUAUCCUGGUGAACACUACAAAUACCCUGGGCAUCGAAGCCCACUUGGAGCAACGAUACCCGACCAAUGUCAUUCUCUCCCUGGUCUCCAAUGUCGAAAUCACCCAGACUGGCGCCAGCGAGUUCGAGCACCUGAGCUCGAGCGAGAUUUCCGUGGGCGCGACCAGCAGAAAAUCCGACAUUCCCGCCUCCAUUCAAAACGACAUGGCUGCAGCCCUCUCCCUGACUCUGAACUCCGGGCAGGUAGACUGUAAAGUGUCGCCCAAUAUUCGACAGGAGCAGUUCGAGCGGAUGAUUGGGCCGAUCGCGUUCCACCCCGCGAGCAUCGUGUUCGAAUCCCCUAAUCACACUCAAUUGCUAGAGAAGGUCGGAGUGCGUCAAUUGGUGACGGGUAUUAUUGACGAACUCUUGCAACUGGCUGCAUCUUUGGACUGCAAAUUCCCCGACGAUUUCCGGGAAAAGACCAUUCAGAAGAUGAUCACGGCCGAUGCCCCAAGCCUCAUGUUCCAGGAUUUCCAGGCCCGACGCCCAAUGGAAGUUGAGAACUUCCUGGGCUCUCCAAUCAAAUUGGCCACCGAAUCGAAUAUGCCCUUACCGCGAGUUGAGGCUAUGUACGCCAUGCUCCACCACGCAAACGCUCUGAACCUGUCCAGACCCCGUCAUGAUUCACCCCCUGCAUCGGUCAUGGGACAGCCACCUCCACGAUUGUCAUCCGCACCUCCACCGCACCGACCGCCAAUGAACGGGGCUGGAGCGAUGCGAGGAAGUCGGACGAGUUCGAGCAUGGGCGUCCCCCAGGCCCGUCGAGGCCCACCCCCAGGGAUGAUGCGGGUCCCACCAGGUGGACCGAUGCCCCCUCCCGGGUCCCGGGGAGGCAUGCCCCGCGACCCUUCUCUCGAGGGUCUCGAGGAGUUCAGUCACCUUAUGAGCUACGGUGAUGAAGGCGAAGCUGGGUUACCUCAAAAUGGCGGCCACGGCCACGGCCCUGGACCGUCUGAGUUAGCUUUAAGAGAACGGGAAUUGGCCCUGCGCCAGCGAGAAUUGCAGAUACGUGAGCAGGAGAUGGGUAUGCGCCGGGGUCCUCCUCCCGGUCAACGACGACCGCCCCCUCGGGCCCCUGCAUCCGCGUUUGAUGAGGAGGAUGAAGAUUAUUUCGACCCGAUGGACAAUAUGGGCAUCCCCCAUGUGGACCCCGACAGUGUAGACAUGAUGAGUCUUACAUCACGCCGAGGACGCAAGACCCCGAGCCAGAGUCAGAUACAGCAAUUCCGCAAGAACCCCGAACUUGCAGGUGGUCCCACCCCCCAGAACCGUCCCUCCUCAUCUGCUUUUGGCCGAUACUUCGGCCGCAAGCGCGCCAGUGACCGAGUGAUGCAGGAGAUCCCCGGUCUCCAUGACUCGCUUAUGGAGCACCCCAUGAUGAGCUACUCAUCCAACAGAUACGGAGCCGUCGACCGGAACCAAUUGUCCGCUGACUCGCGAGCCAACUCUAUGACGGCCAGCCAGAUGGGCGAUUUCCCUGCCCGCCCCUACCCCCAGAGCCGGCGAAACAGUCAGUCCCCUGCAGCGCCAUUCCCCGGAGGACCUCCUGGUCCCAAUCCCCGCAUGGGACGCCCGAUGACGGCCCAUGACCCGAAUCUCGGCCCCCCUAGUGGACCCCUUCACAACGGCCACCCGUCGCCGCCUGGAAACAUGCGGACCCCGGUCCCUCGAAUGCCAUCAGGACAAGGCCCGGUUGGCCCACAACAAAUUGAGCAACAAUAUGGGGUGAGCAACCCGUAUGCCGCUAAAGGCCCUCCCAAGAACAAGAGUCUGACUGGAAGUGCGAGCGCCAGCGCGGAGAGUGGUGAUAGUGGCGCCAGUGCCAAUCUCGAUUCCGAAGCGUCGGCUCACAGCAGUCAGAUCAGUUUGGGUGAUCACCCACAUCCACGAGUUGCACCUGCGCCGCCCGUUCGGUGAAACCUGGACACUGUUAUGGGUUGAUGACCCUCCUGUUUUACUUUCCAUGACCAACAGGGUAAUUGAUGACGACCGAAUUUCCUCCUUGACGUUUUCCAUCUACCACACUACCCGGACGAAUAUCCCGUCUGCUUUCGAAAACCUCUUUGUCAUGUUUGGACUUUUUCUGCAUCGUUGUGUGCGUGUCAUUCCACCGGGGAAUAUUGCUAUUCGAACCUUUGUGGUAUGAAUUAUCGGGUAAUACUCUGCUGUUCGCUUCUUUACAUAUACAUGAGGGACAUAGGGGUUUUUAUCGCUUAUUUCUGUUUUCUUGUUCCGGAGUGGCUGGGGUAUGGGUUUGUGUUUAUUGUCUAUCCUUGAUUUUGUUCCUUUGCUCUGCAUUGAUACUCAUCCUGUCUCCUGCGGCA